AUGGACCCCAAUAUGAAAAUACCUGUUGAGGUGAAUCCCGAUGAAGAUACAGAGUGGAAUGAUAUCUUGCGGGCCCACGGGGUUAUUCCAGAAAAGCCGCCCUCUCCAUCUGCACAACUUGAAGAAGCAUUAGAGGAUGCAGUGCGUAAGCAACACGAAAAUAGAUUGGAGAACAAGGAUUUGGAUGAGCUUGACGAAUUAGAGGAUCAAGAGGACGAAGAAUUCCUUAAUUUCUACAAACAGAAAAGACUCAAUGAGCUCAAGGAGUUGACUGCAAAGAAGAAAUUUGGUCUGGUUUUGCCGGUGAGCAAGAGCGAGUAUGAAGAUGAAGUGACGAAAGCGUCCAAAGACACGUAUGUUGUAGUACAUUUGUCAUUACAGUCGAGUUUGCAAAGCAGAUUGUUGGGCUCGCUAAUGACGCAAUUGGCUAUAAAGUUUCCCGAAUUGAAAUUCUGUGACAUUCCUGCGCAACGAUGCAUUGAAAAUUAUCCCGAGUCCAACUGUCCCACUUUGAUUGUUUACCACAAUUCCAAUGUGCUAAAACAGUACAUUACACUUACUCAAUUGGGUGGAAAUGCUACUACGUUGCAGGAUCUAGAACAAGUACUAGUAAAUGUUGGAGCUGUUAAGGAUAAUGACCAGCGCUUGGUGAUUAAUAACGAAGAUGAAGAUGCACAAGAGGCUAGAAAAUUGAGAUUUGCAAAGAAAUCAGUUAGGAAUGACGACGAUUAUAAUGAUAAUGAUGAUGAUGACGACGACGACGAUUUUUAUGAUUAG